UAUAAAUGGGAAAGAAGAAACCAGACAGUUUCUUAAGUUAGAUGUCUAAAUUGUUUAAUGGUGAGAAGAUCAUCAAACUGACUAUCAAGAGAAGUAUACAUGUUACUUAUCAUUUUUGUUAGAUUUGAAAGAGCAAUAUCCACAACUUCGAAAGAGAUUGAGAAGAAAAUAGAAGCAGCAAUUGUUGGGCGAAAUCAAACAAGCUAACGAUGUGAAUGAAAUCAUCAUUAGAUCGUAGACUCAAAAAUUAACGAUUUCUACAUCUUCAAAUAAAUAGCAAAUCAAUAAAUUUGCAGAUUCAUUAUCAAACAUCUAUCGCUUAUAUUGUCACGAUCAGCAGAAACAAACCAAAGUAAAGUUCUUUUCUAUCCUAGAAAAAACCAGUUUUAUUGCCCACUCAACCUAAUGCGAAAUCGAAAACUUAGUAGAGAUUAAAAGCCAAAAAAUUGAGAAACAAAGAAAGACGCUAAAAAAGACACGAACUAUAGAAAUUAAAGAAGAAGGAUUUGCAAAGGCAAAAAACAUUUGCAAGCAAAAAAAGAGAAGAUUAAUAAUAAUGAUAUAUGUAUACGAUUUAGUACGUGUUUAAUUAAU